UUACACCUUUCAUGUAAUUUCACUCCUUUUUCUUCUUUCCUCUUCCACCAAAGAAAAGAAAAACAAAACACUUUAAUUUCUCAUCAGUCCUUUUUAAUCUCUCUCUGCAAUUUGCUGCAGAAUUCUUCUGCACCAGUACUGCAGUAUCAACUGCAAUACACACAGUGCUGCCUGCAGUUAAAUAACGGUUUUUUCUUCUUCUUCGAUUUGACAAAUUUUUUUUUUUUGCGAAAAUGAUCACUUGGCACGAUCUGUAUGUUGUGUUAACAGCAGUUGUUCCUCUGUAUGUUGCUAUGAUAUUAGCUUAUGGUUCUGUUCGUUGGUGGAAGAUCUUUUCUCCCGAUCAAUGUUCGGGGAUCAACAGAUUCGUAGCUAUUUUCGCAGUUCCUUUGUUGUCUUUUCAUUUCAUAGCUAUGAACAAUCCAUAUGAGAUGAAUUUCCGUUUCAUUGCGGCGGAUUCACUGCAGAAAGUAAUUAUGCUUGUUGUACUUUCAUUAUGGGCUAAUUUAACUAAAAAUGGUAGCCUUGAAUGGAGUAUUACAAUUUUUUCUCUUUCAACACUACCAAAUACAUUGGUGAUGGGUAUUCCUUUGUUAAUUGCUAUGUAUGGUGAGUACUCUGGUAGUCUCAUGGUACAAGUAGUGGUGUUGCAGUGCAUCAUUUGGUACACACUUUUGCUUUUUUUGUUCGAAUAUCGCGGUGCGAAAAUGCUUAUAAUGGAGCAAUUUCCAGAGACUGCUGCUUCAAUUGUUUCGUUUAAAGUUGAAUCUGAUGUUGUAUCUCUAGAUGGACAUGAUUUUCUCGAAACAGAUGCUGAAAUUGGUCAAGAUGGAAAACUGCAUGUUACUGUGAGAAAAUCAAAUGCGUCCCGGAGGUCGUUUGCUAUGGACCAUCGGCCGUCGAAUCUCACCGGAGCUGAGAUUUACAGUCUCAGUUCUUCGAGAAAUCCGACUCCUCGAGGGUCUAAUUUUAAUCAUAAUGAUUUUUACUCAAUGAUGGGAUUUCCCGGAGGAAGAUUAUCCAAUUUUGGUCCUGCAGAUAUGUAUUCUGUACAAUCGUCUCGGGGUCCGACCCCGAGACCGUCUAAUUUCGAAGAAAACUGUGCUCCGGGAGGUCUAGUUCAGAGUUCCCCGAGGUUCGGGUACUUUCCGGCGCAGCAGCCUGCGCCGGGAUCUUAUCCUGCCCCGAACCCCGAAAUUGCAUCCGCAGGGCCUAAAAGCACAAAACCUCAGCAGCCAAAUGUACAAACGCAGAAGCAGGAAGUACAACAGCAACAGCAGCAGCACCAACAGCCAAAUGCUAAAGCUAAUAAUCAUGAUGCUAAGGAACUUCACAUGUUUGUAUGGAGUUCGAGUAAUUCUCCGGUGUCGGAGGCCGGUGGCCUCCAUGUGUUCGGUGGCAAUGAUUUUAGUGCCAACGAACAAUCGGGUCGAUCCGAUGGAGCUAAAGAAAUUCGAAUGUUGGUUUCUGAUCACACUCAAAAUGGAGAUAGUAAAGCCAUUCCGCAAACAGGGGAAUUUGGUGGUGAGGAUUUCACUUUUGGAGGUGCCAAUGGUGGUGGAAAAGAUGGCGAUGAAGAUAAAGGCGAAAAAGAGGGACCCACUGGACUGACUAAACUGGGGUCUAGCUCUACAUCGGAGCUACACCCUAAACUCGCUGGAGGACAAGACGCUGGUAUGGGAAAACAGAUGCCUCCGGCUAGUGUUAUGACUCGUUUGAUCUUAAUCAUGGUUUGGCGUAAGCUUAUUCGUAACCCAAACACAUAUUCGAGCCUCAUUGGUCUGAUUUGGUCUCUAAUCUCAUUCAGAUGGCAUGUGCAUAUGCCCAAAAUUAUAGAGAAGUCAAUCUCCAUUCUCUCUGAUGCUGGUCUUGGAAUGGCUAUGUUUAGCUUGGGUUUGUUUAUGGCUCUUCAACCAAAAAUCAUUGCAUGUGGUAACACAGUGGCUACAUUUGCAAUGGCUGUAAGGUUUCUAACUGGCCCAGCAGUUAUGGCUGCUGCUUCAAUUGCUGUUGGGCUUCGUGGUACUCUUCUUCAUGUAGCCAUUGUACAGGCUGCAUUGCCACAAGGGAUUGUCCCAUUUGUGUUUGCUAAGGAGUACAAUGUUCAUCCAGCUAUUCUUAGUACUGCGGUUAUUUUCGGGAUGUUGAUAGCGUUGCCAAUUACAUUAGUGUACUACAUUAUUCUUGGAUUAUAAGAAUAUAUGUCAAGUGAAGAAAGGAGGGAAAAAAUAGUGGGAAUCAUUAAUGGUUUAAUUAAUUCAUGGGAUGAGAAUUAAUUAAAAUUACUCAUGAAAAUUCCCAGAUAUUUGGAGCAUUAGGACAAGAAAUUUGACUUAAAUUAGUUUUUGAAGCCUCCAUUUGAAGAAAAAAAAAUAUCAAAAAUGUUGCAAAAUUUAGAAAAAGAGGAGACAAGAAGGAGCAAAACAUGGAAGCAAAAGGGAAGAUUAAUUAUAAUCUAUAGUCUAUAUUUUCUUUCCCAUAAUCAUUACGCGUGUGAAUUAUCAAUUUGAAAAAAAAAUUGUCAAUUAGUAGAAAUUCAAAUUGAUUUUGACUUUUUAAUGUUAGGUUUUUAGUACCUUUUUUUUGUUUAAUUAACCAAUCGUACCGUGUGUAUUUAUUUAUUUACUCAGGUAAUUAUUGUAAUAGUUUGGUUUGCUAGUUGUUUACUUCCAUUGUAAAUUACUUUAGAUUCUUAAAGACUAUCCAAAAAGAUCUCAUGUUACACGUUCUAGUCGUGAAAUCAAUAGACCAGUUUAUAUUUA